AUGAAGUUCAGCACAGGACUUCUUGGAUUGGCAUUAGCCAGCGCUGCAGCCGCUGCUCCUGCCCCAGCCGACUCGGUUACUAUUCAGAUCAAUGGCAGUUCUAUCAACGUUGACAUUGAGGAAAAUACCCCUGCUCCUACUGAUCUUCCUACCUAUGCUGCCUCUGGUGUUAAUGUCCAGAGUAUCAUGGGUAAGCUUGCAAUUUUCCAACCCAAGGCUUUCAUUGUUUCAAUGUUUGAACCCGAGCAAGAUGUCUGGCUCCAACCAUUGAACUUGACCAACAAUAUCUCUAUCCCCGGUCUAUCUCCUUUAUUCCCAGAUGUUCACUGUAACUUGGACUUCUCAAUUUGUCAAGUCACUACUGGUGAAGCUGAGGUCAAUGCUGCAUCUACUAUCUCUGCUCUUGUCUUGAGUCCAUUGUUCGACUUGACUCAAACUUAUUUCUUGAUCGCCGGUAUUGCUGGUAUCAGUCCUCACCAAGGUACUUUAGGUCAAGUUUCUUAUGCGAAAUAUGCUGUGCAAGUUGCUCUUGAAUACGAGAUUGAUGCUCGUGAGAUGCCUGCCAACUGGACCACUGGUUACUAUUCUUACGGCACCACCCAACCCGGUCAAUACCCUGUCAACAUCUACGGAACUGAAGUAUUCGAGUUGAACGAGAACUUGAGAAACCGUGCCAUUGAGGUCGCCAAGAAUGUUACUCUUAAUGACACUGAGACCAGUCAAAAGUUCAGAGCUCUUUAUGGCUAUGCUCCUGCCAACCAACCCCCUACCGUCAAGGCCUGUGACUCGGCCACUUCUGAUGUGUACUUCUUUGGUGACGACCUUGCAGAGAGUUUCGGUAACUUGACUCUGUUGCUUACGAACGGAUCAUCCAACUACUGUAUGACUGCCCAAGAGGACAAUGCUUCUCUUGAAGCUUUCACUCGUGCCGCUAAGUUUGGCUUCGUUGACUUUGCUCGUAUUGUUCUCAUGAGAACUGCCAGUGACUUUGACAGACCCCCACCAUCGCUCUCCGCCAAUGAGGUCGGCUUCUUCAAUAAUGCUGAUCAAGGUGGAUUCGGACCUGCUGUUCAAAACAUCCUUCUUGCAGGCCAACCUUUUAUUGAGGACAUUAUUAAGAAUUGGGAUAGUGUGUACAAGACCAACAAGAAGUAUGCUGCCACUAACUACAUCGGUGACAUUUUCGGAACCUUGGGAGGUACCCCUGAUUUCGGUCCCGACGGCGCCAAGAAUAAGGGUAUUGCCGCUCCUGCUUCUAUCCCAUAA